AUGGAGAUCUCACGGAUGCCCUCGCCAUUGUUCACGGUGCUGGUGGUCGUGUGGGUGGCAUGCGGUACAGCGAUAGCGGCGUGGCUGCUGUGGGAUCGGCACAAGCAGUACGAGGAUCACAGGGAGGAGGCGCUAGGCUUGUGGUGCAAGGAGCGCGCCCUCACGCUGCAGCAGCUCGUGCUGGCCCACGCGGGGCAGAUACAGGUCAAGGCGGAUGUGGGACAGGCCAGGAAUUGCAUGGCGGCCUUUGAGCGGGAAUACAGCAGCAUCAGAGACAACACGCUGAUCGUCAGCGCCCGCCGCCCCAUCUACUGCGCCAAGGUCCUCGAGCUCACAACGCUGUGGGCCACCAACGGCCCCAGCAACAUCGACAUGUUUCAGCGAUUCUCCUGGGCCAUCCCAUUGGUGGAGGCAGGAAGGCACUUCUAUACCUGGCCCUACCCCCUCGCUAACCCGCUCACUCAUGCCGGAUUCGGUGUGGUCUUUCCUCUCUUUCGCAACCUCCCCACUAACCACUCGAAUCAGUCAGCAGCAGGGCGAGCAGUGUAUGGUUCACUGGCUGCUUCCGUUGACGUGACUUACAUUGCUCAGAAGGUCUUAGAAGAGCUGUAUGCGCCUGACCCAUCCAAGUCCUUUGAGCUAUACGACAUCACCGAUCCAACCACUCUCUCCGCCAUCGUCUCUCCAGUCCCUCCCCACGCCUACUUCCGCCCCGACGACAAGCUCCCCUACAUGCACCCCUCCCCAGAGACCGAAACUCGUCCCUGGGAGCAUCGAGCCGUGGUGCCUAUGGAGGAGAUGGGAGGGGGGGUGAGAAAGUACGAGGUCUGGUGCAGGCACACCCAGCCCCCCAGCGCGUGGCAGCAGUGGGGCAUCCCCAUCCUCAUCGCCCUCUUUGCCCUCCUCGUGCUGCUCGUGCUGGUAGCGGCCUGCCUGCAGCGCUCCAAGUUCUACCAGACCCAGCAGCAGGUGGCAGAGGCAGACCGGCUGAGACGGGAGGCGGAGGGAGCAGAGGCGUCAAAGAGCAUGUUCGUGGCGUGCAUGUCUCACGAGCUGCGGACGCCCAUGGUCGGGAUCAUUGGGAUGAUUGACGCUCUAGCAGACAUGGGCCUGAACGCCUCUCAGCUAGCAGACCUGCUAAUGGCCGGGGCAUCAGCCAAGGAUGCACUGCAUCUGGUCAACCGCGUGUUGGACCUGGCGAAGCUGGAGGCAGGCAAGGCGGUGUUAGAUGAGACGGUGAUUGAUGUGCGGGAGUGGCUUAGUACCACUCUGGGUUGGCACGCAGAGGCGGCACAUUCCAAAGGCAUUGAGCUGAGCGCCAUUGUGGGAGACGACUGCCCCACGCAUGUCAUUGUGGACCCCAUGCAUCUCAGCACCAUGAUCAAGGAGAUCACAGAUAAUGCGGUCAAGUUCACGACACAAGGCCACGUGACAGUGCGGGUGUCGCUGGUGCCACAAGGGACAAGCUUGAAAGACACCCUUUGUUACCAGGGCCUUUCCUCACCCCGAGCACCCACUGCUACCGCUGCCCGUUGGACGCCCACCUGGCUUACUUCUAGACGGCGCUGCCUGCUCGAGGUGGCGAGGGGGGGGGCAGCAGCAACAGCAGCAGCAGCAACAGCAACAGCAGCAGCAGCAACAGCAGCAGCAACAACAGUUGCAGCAGCAGCAACAGCAGCAGCAACAACAGUUGCAGCAGACAGUGCAAGUCUAGAGGGGAGGCAUGAAAGAGGGCAUGAGAGUCACGGCAGGAAGCGCUCUAAAGAUCGGAAAAGGGGGCGUGGCCGAGGGCGUCGAAUAGGCCAUGGGAGUGGGCAAGAGAGGGGUGGAGAGCGGUGCAUGCUUGUGCUGUCGUGCCAAGACUCUGGCUGUGGCCUUCCAGCGUCUCUCCACACUGCAAGUGGUACUCAAGGGCCCUCCUACUUCUCCCUCCUGGUGACUCUAUUGAAGGGAGAGCUCGCCUUCGACUCAGAGCCCGGCAGUUUCCACGCGCGUGAGGCAGAUUCAGGAUAUUUUUCAGGUGCCAGCAGCAGAUGGUUGCUGCCGCACGGCCAGGAGAGUGAUCAGGUGCCUCAACAGAACCAGCGUCACCAGCAGGAGCAGCAGCAGCAGCAGCAGCAGCAGCAGCAGCAGCACCAGGGAGUGACACUCACCCAGAGUGGCCGGUGCAAGAGUGAGAAAUUGAGUGUGAGUAGGAGUGGGAUUGGGGGUGCGAGUGCGAGAUACGAGCGAUCGAUCUCACUGUGUGCGUUGGGAACGAGUGCCAGUGCCGCCAGUGUUGGUGCUGCCACUGCUACUGCGGCCGAUGAGGCGGUGACGCGGGCGUGGGUGGAAGGGCUGCGAGUGCUGGUGGUGGACGACACGCCCGUCAACCUCCUCGUGGCCCGCCGCUCCCUCGCCCGCUGGGGUGCCCUCGUCACCACCGCUUCCUGUGGAGAGGAGGCGGUUGACUUCGCAGCAGCAGCAGCCAUACGAGCUCUUGAAAGGAGGGUGAGGUUUGAAACCAUUUCACGGGCAUAG